UCAAUCCAUGGAUCCACAAGAUCCCCUGGAGAAGGGAAUGGCACCCCACUCCAGUAUUCUUGCCUGGGAAAUCCCUUGGACAGAGGAGCCUGGCGGGCUACAGUCCAUAGGGUCGCAAAGAGUUGAACCCAAUUGAGAGACUAAAUAACAGUGUGAGGAUCAAGUGAAGGCUUGAACCAGUCCAAAAGCUCCAUAUCAUGGGGAUGCCCUGGCAGCAAGGCAAUGAGGAGACUGUGACUUGAUUGUGGCUUCCUCACUCUCACUGGACCACAUUUGACCAGGAGGAGCAGGGGAAGAGAAGGAGCUGCUGGACAGUGAUGUGCUGGGAAAGAGGCUGAGUGAGUGACAACAGAAGAGAAAUGUCCACCCGGUAUGACCUGACAAGCACCCAGGGUGAGUUAUUAUAAGACAGGUGGGAACACACAGCUCAGACAGCCCUCAUCCCUCUAGGUCUGGACAGGAACAGGCCAUGGUCAACCACAGCUCCCCAGUGGACUUUCUCCUUCUGGGCUUCUCUGAACACCCAGGGCUUGAAAGAAUCCUCUUCGUGGUUGUCUUGAUCUCUUACCUCCUGACUCUGGUGGGCAACACACUCAUCAUCCUGCUGUCCGUGCUGGACCCCAGGCUCCACUCCCCAAUGUACUUUUUCCUCUCCAACCUCUCCUUCCUGGACCUCAGCGUCACCACAAGCUGUGUCCCGCAAAUGCUGGUCCACCUCUGGGGCCCAAGGAAGACCAUCAGCUUCCUUGGCUGCUCUGUCCAGCUCUUCAUCUUCCUGUUCCUGGGGACCACGGAGUGUGUCCUCCUGACCAUGAUGGCCUUUGACCGCUACGUGGCUGUCUGCCAGCGCCUCCACUAUGCCACCAUCAUCCACCCCUGCCUGUGCCGGCAGCUGGCGGCCGUGGCCUGGGUCGUUGGGCUGGUGGAGUCAGUGGUCCAGACACCACCAACCCUUCGUCUGCCUUUCUGCGGCCACCAGCAAGUGGAUGACUUUGUGUGCGAGGUCCCAGCUCUAAUUCGCCUCUCCUGUGGAGACACCACCUACAAUGAGAUCCAGUUAGCUGUGUCCAGUGUCUUCAUCUUGGUUGUGCCUCUCAGCCUCAUCCUGGUUUCUUACGGUGCCAUUACCCGGGCAGUGCUGAGGAUUAACACUGCCGUAGCAUGGAGGAAGGCUCUGGGGACCUGCUCCUCCCAUCUCAUCGUGGUCACUCUUUUCUACAGCUCAGUCAUUGCUGUCUACCUCCAGCCCAAAAAUCCCUACGCCCAGAAGAGGGGCAAGUUCUUUGGUCUCUUCUAUGCAGUGGGCACUCCUUUACUUAAUCCCCUCAUAUACACCCUGAGGAACAAGGAGGUAAAGAGGGCACUAAGGAGGUUGCUGGGGAAAGACAAGGACUCCAGGGAAAGCCGAGGGACAGCUGCCUGAUGUGCUGGAAAAGCAAGAACAGCUUCUCAGUAGUUUUGUCAGGAAGUCUGUGUCCACACAACUCUGCUCUCCUCACACCCAUCAUACCACAGAAAUGGAUGGCAGCCCCCUCUGUGUGCGUGGAAGUGUGAGUGUGGAUGUGUGACACAGAGAGAUGCCUCAGAGAUGGAUGACAGCCCCUGUGUGUGCGUGCACACAAGUGUGAGUGUGUAUGUGCGACACAGAGACACACAAAGAGAGAGAAACAAAAACUGAAAAUGUGUUAAGUGGAGUUAUGUAUAUGAAGCGUAUGAAUCAAAUUUAAUAUUUUCCCUAUUUUGUGAAUGUUGAUCUCCCCAACUUUAUCAUUUCCAUUUCUAACUCACCUCCUUGUCACAUUGUCACUAUCUCUUCACCUCCACUUCUAAUUUCUACUGUAGUUUCUUUAGUUCUCUCUUAAGUUUUUUCCACUUCCCCAAGCUGGUUUUAGAAAAGGCAGAGGAACCAAAGAUCAAAUUGCCAACAUCCAAUGGAUCAUCGAAAAAGCAAGAGAG